UUGUGGUUCCUACGGCACAUUCGCGUUCCCAGAAUGCAACGGAAAGUCUUUGUUGCCGGAAAACUUUCAUGGAGAAUGUUCAACGAGAAUGAUCCUCAGAGAUUUGACGGUGGAGAUGCUGGGACACAGGACACGGAGGACUCAGAAAUCAUCGCGAGGUUGGAUGGAGUCGCAAAUGAACCGGCCGAACUAUUUUUGCGAGCAGAACUGGAUCUGAAUGCCCGUCUCCGUACACUGACUUUCGGAGAGCCAGUGCGUUACUUGUACAACCCGCUAGAGUAUGCCUGGGAUACGCACCAAUGUUACGUGAAGACGUACUGUCAACCAGGGCAAAGUGUGCUGUUUCUGGGUAUGAACCCUGGGCCGUUCGGCAUGGCUCAAACAGGGGUGCCUUUUGGUGAGGUGAAAAAUGUCCGUGAUUGGUUGAAAAUCACUGGGGAGGUGGGGCAUCCACCUGAUGAACAUCCCAAGCGUCCCAUCUUGGGGCUUGCCUGCAAGCAGAGCGAGGUGAGCGGCGCCCGUUUCUGGGGUUUCUUCCGCAAGCAGUGCGGAGAGCCGCAGACCUUCUUUCGCCACUGUUUUGUGCACAACCUGUGCCCGCUGAUUUUCAUGAACGCCACGGGGAAGAACCUGACCCCUCCUGAGCUGCCCGCCGCAGAAAGAGAUGCCCUCCUGCGCCACUGUGAUGCCACCCUCUGCCAGGUGGUGACAGGGCUGGGCAUCUCCAUGGUGAUUGGAGUAGGGAAGGUUGCCGAGCAGCGAGCGCGCAGGGCUCUCUCUGAGGCAGGGGUCCAGGUGAGGGUGGAGGGGAUCCUGCACCCCUCCCCUAGGAGUGCACAGGCCAAUAAGGGCUGGGAGGCUGUGGCCAAAGCCAAGCUGGAGGAACUAGGUGUGCUGAAUUUGUUGACUAUGUGACUUCUAUCUUACAGUCAACACAUAAGGACUGUCUAUACACACUACAGAAACAUGUUUACAAGUGAAAAUCUUGUAUGGUUUAAUUACUUUUGAAUAUUUUGAAUAAUGUCUCAAGGUGCAGUCAGCUAUAGUAUUCAAUUUCAAGCCAUAACUUUUUUUUGUCACAUUCAGCAAACAACUCCUCUGGGAAUACUGAAGGGAGGGCUGAGUUACAUUUCUGGUAUGUUUUGUUUGGUUCUUGGUUAAAAUAUAAUGUAUGUUGUUUUGGACAAA